GCAGGACGCCAAUUUUCGUCUGCUGCUUUGACUUGACUUAUCCGGUCGAUUUUUUUUUUUUAUUUCUUUCUAUUUAAGCUAAAAUCAUGUUCAACAGAAUAUUUACCUCCGUAAAACCUUUCAUGGUUGACACAUUUGUUCACCAGCAAUCUCCUUUGAAAUGCUCCAGCAUUUUUAACAUCCUGGGGAUACAGUUGAGAACCUAUAAUCCCAAGGUGAAUAUCGAGUGGGUUCCACCACCAAAAGUUUCUUGCUUAGAUCCUUCAAAAAGUGGAGAUAGAGGUACUCUACCCAAGUUGGAUUUGAGCCGCCCUCAAACCCGAUUCACUCGCAAAAGAACACCAGCAGAGUUUGCAGAUCGUGAUGAUCUAUCACCUGAGAUCAAGAAAAUCAAUUCCCUUGAGUACGCACCUCUAAAAAAACAAAUUCAGGCCAUCAAGCAAGAUGUUCUAAGGACGGUUCAGAGGCAUACAUUCGAUUGUGCAUCAUUGGAAUCUACAAUUGCCUGUCUGACCAUCAAAAUCCGCAAUCAGCAGCGCCAUACAUCAGCUUGGAAAAGAGACAAGUUUUCUCUCGUCACUUGCAAGGAGAACAUUGAACGGCGCAACGCCCUGCUGAAACACCUCAGGGCGUACGAUUACAAACGAUUCGAAUGGCUUUUGGAGAAACUUGAACUCGUCUACCAUCCGCAUCCCACUACCAUGGAACCAGUCACCCGUAAAGGCUCCAUAAUGAAGCUGACGACUAUUUACUGCGACAGGAUGCGCAACAAACGUCUGGAUGAUUACAGGAAGGAAUUAGAAAAAGAGAAACUGAAAUUCGCCGAAGAAAAAGCCCAGCUAGAGAAAUGGAUUCAAGAAGAAGAGCAACAACUCGGUUUGAGAAAGUAACAAAACAUAAAUCAAUUGACUCUUAAAUUUAGUAAAAAAGAAACAAAAAAUAUACACAAAUGGUUUUUGAUUCAGAGA